UCUCUCUUAAAUAUCACAUCAUACCCACGUUGCUCCGUCCCUCGCCCCACGUUACUCUGCCAAAUGUUCACUCACUUUUGAUCUCCUCCUGUCACUCACCUGUUGCUGGUCAGCAUGAUUUCUUCUCGAUAUCUGCGUUUUAUUUUGCUCACGGUCCCUUUUCUUUCGUUAAUAUUUCUUAUAUCUCAGAAUUGGGAUGAAAUACCUAAACCCUUCAGUCACAGCAAAUCGAAUGCCUCGUUAGGGUUAUCUGAAGCUCACCCGCCACCACAAAGCAGUGCCAACGACAACAACAACAACAUCCAGACAGAACCUACUACUCUUUCUACCACCUUUCCCAGCUCCAAUCCUCACACCGUCGACGCCGCCAUCGCUGGCAUAACCGACAAAGUCUGGCACUCCUCCAAGACCCCCGAGCUGAGUGCCGAUCAAAUCGGCUGGAUCAACAGCUGGCUCCUCAAGAACCCCACCUUCCGCCACGAGCUCCUCACCGACGGUUCCGCCCUCACCUUCGUCCACACCCGCUACGGCGCCACCCGCCCGGACAUUGUCGAAGUGUACGAAAAGCUCCCCAUCCCCAUCCUCCGUGCCGACCUCCUCCGCUACCUGAUCGUUCUGGCGGAAGGUGGCAUCUGGAGCGAUCUCGACGUCACCUGCGACACGGAGGUCGACGCCUGGGUGCCCCCAGAGUACCCAUCCUCCAACAUCGACAUGAUCGUGGGGCUGGAGUUCGACUUCGGGUGGCGCGGCGAAGGCACCGAGGUGGCGUCGCAGUUCUGCAACUGGGUGUUCGCGGCGCGGCCGGGGUCCCGCAAUCUGGCAGCGGUGGUGGACGCGGUCGUCGCCAAAUUGAAGGAGAUCGCCGCCCUGAAUGGGGUGGGCGUGGACCAGUUGACGCUGGAAAUGUUGCCCGUCGACGUGGUGAAUGUCACGGGCCCGAAGAUCAUGACCAUCGCGCUGUUGAAUGGGUUGGCGGGGUUGCUAGGAAGGGUGGUCGAUGAUCGGGAUUUCCACGGUAUCAAAUCUCCAAAACUGGUCGGGGAUUUGUUGAUUAUGCCAGGGAAUGCGUUUGCGGCGGCGCAGAAUGGGUUUCCCACCGAUCAGAGUCCGGCGUUGGUGAGCCAUCAUUAUGCCGGGUCGUGGAAGCAGGCGGAUGCGGAGGCGAAGGAGAGGAAGAAGCUGCAGGAGCAGCAGCAGCAGCAAGAACAGCAGCAGGGGUAGGGGCUGUAAAGUGCAUCAUGAAAUGAAGUUUAUGUAUAUGUAAUUUCCUAUAAUAUCCUCAAUAUCAACUUGGGCAUUCUCUUCACUCAUGAAUUCAAAAAACCAUUGCUCAGAGGACGUCGUCUUCCUUUUACGUAUUAGGAGUCAUG